AUGGCACUUCAAACAUUACUAUUCCUGGUCGCAACCCUGGCCCUCGUCUCUGGAUCUCAAGACCUCACCAACCCAGCACCUACAUGUACCUCAACCAUCACCCACCGUCCAGCAGGCUGCUGUCCACCCCGCGCAGGCCAUACCGCGCUCUCCUACACCGACUGCCACGGCUGCGACCUAGAGGUCAUCACCCGCGGACCACAAUGCCUCUGCGCUCCUACGCCCGUUAAGCCGAUGACGACGACGACGAAGCCAUGCACUAGCGUUGUAACGGAGCUCACGAGGCCUUGCGGCGAUUGUGGGAUGGGGAGCGUCGAUGUGACGACGGCGCUUAAUUGUAAGGGGUGUGCUUUGAGCACGACUACCGUGGCAGCGGGUGGUGUGGGGAUUUGUGCUUGUCCUACUGCGCCGGGGAUGAGGGGUGUGUUUGUUUGUAAGGCGGAGGCGACUUUGUCUUAG